CUUCUUCAAGUGUUAUUGAUCUGCGUUAUUUUGAUAAGUAUUUAUCAGCUUUAUACCCAUCGAAAUGGAGCUCAAGAAACGCAGUCGAAGGCGGAUAGUGGAGGGCGAGCGGAGUGGCGAGAUUGGCACGACUAUGUCGCUAUAGCACGCGAUGCCGAGCGGGAGGGUAUAGGUGAGCAAGGUCGGCCGGCAGCCUUACCAAGAGGCUAUGACAACGAAACAGUCGCUGCAAGUUGGCAAGUUUACGGCUUCAAUGCUUUGUUAUCUGAACAAAUUUCAGUUGAGCGAGCGGUGCCCGAUUUCCGUCACUCGCGUUGCCUCAGCAUGACCUACCACAAAGUGCUACCCAAAACGAGUAUAAUUAUAGUGCAUCGCAACGAACACCCAUCGGUGCUGCAGCGCACGCUGCACAGCCUUUGGAACCGGACACCGCAUGAGCUGUUGCACGAGCUCAUUUUAGUGGACGAUUUCAGCACAUCUCCACCCUUCGAGAACUCGCUAGAGCAGAAAUUGUUGACAAAAUUUGGUACGAAACUGAAAAUACUGAAACUAACGGUACAUCAGGGAUUAAUAAGAGCGCGUGUUGCCGGUGCGCGUUUGGCGACCGGAGAAGCAUUGGUAUUCCUUGACGCGCAUGUAGAGGCCACACACAAUUGGUUGCCGCCCUUAUUGCAACCGAUUGUGGACAAUCCACAAGCCACUACUACGCCGAAUAUAGACAUAAUUGAUUACGACACUUUCGAGUAUAUAGAAGGCACACCUGCACGGGGGGGAUUCGAUUGGAAUUUCGUUUACGUAGAAUUACCACUGCUACCUGAAGAGCAGGCGGCACUUCCAGCCCCACACAAUACUCCAGUUAUGAAUGGUGGACUCUUUGCCAUAGGUGCGAAGUUCUUCUGGCAUUUAGGUGCUUACGACGAGGCUUUGGAAGUAUGGGGGGGAGAGCAAUUCGAACUAAGUUUUAAGAUUUGGAUGUGCGGCGGUCGUUUAUUGGAAGUUCCCUGUUCGCGAUUCGGCCAUCUCUAUCGCGACGGAAAGUUUGACGUCAAAUACACUAAUGGUACGGACGAUUAUCAGGGGAAGAAUUUCAAGCGCGUCGCAUUAGUUUGGUUGGAUGAAUAUCAAGAGGUACUUUAUAAGCACAAUCCCGAGCUCGUCCAAAUUGAUGUGGAUGAUGUAAGCAAAAGACGCGCUUUACGUCAACGACUUCAAUGCAAGUCCUUUAAGUGGUUUCUAUACACCAUAGCUCCAGAUUUUGUUAGGAAGUAUCCACCAUUCGCAAUACCUGAUUAUGCAUCUGGUGCCAUACAAAGCGUUGCCGCGCCCCAACUCUGCUUAGAUCUAAUGCAGCUUCCAGUGGAGAAUCCGAUAGGUGUUCUACGACCCUGCUCAUCGAAUCUCAAACACCCAAUUGACUCACAAAACUGGCAACUCACUUUUCAUCGUGAUCUGCAACAGGCAAACGAUAAUUGUCUGCAAGUACAAUCUAAUGAACCGAAUGCUUUCAUUUCUCUGUGGCCAUGUCAUUACGAAGGGGGUAAUCAGUUUUGGUAUUAUGACCACCAAUCACAGCUACUGAUGCAAGGCGAGCCCUGGACGGAGCGCAGAUGUUUGGAGGCGAAUGUUAAAACUCGACGGUUAUACAUGAAUAUCUGUGAUUCCAGUAAUGUAAAUAUGAAAUGGAACUUUGGUUUUGUGAAUCAGUCGUUGCUUGAUAACUUUUUUGAGGGAUUACAAGCGAAUGAUGCAAUGAAAUAGUAAACUCCUCAAUGAAUAAAUAUCGAUAUACAGUAGUAAGCAAACACAUAA